GAGGGGGACCGGCCGCCGUGGCGAGAGCGCGCCAGCCCCGCCGUGAUGCCCGCGCGCCCCGGACGCCUCCUCCCGCCGCUGCCCCGGCCGCUGGCCCUGGCCGCGCUGCCGCUGCUCCUGCUGCUCGGCGAUGGCGGCGGCGGGCGCGGAGGCGCCUGGGCCCAGGAGCCGGGGGCGGCGGCGGCGGCGGCGGACGGGCCCCCCGCGGCGGACGGCGGGGACGGGCAGGACCCGCACGCCAAGCACCUGUACACUGCCGACAUGUUCACGCACGGGAUCCAGAGCGCCGCGCACUUCGUCAUGUUCUUCGCGCCCUGGUGUGGACACUGCCAGCGGCUGCAGCCCACUUGGAAUGACCUGGGAGACAAGUACAACAGCAUGGAGGAUGCCAAGGUCUACGUGGCCAAAGUGGACUGCACCGCCGACUCAGACGUGUGCUCCGCGCAGGGGGUGCGAGGGUACCCCACCUUGAAGUUUUUCAAGCCUGGCCAAGAAGCUGUGAAGUAUCAGGGGCCUCGAGACUUCCAGGCGCUGGAGAACUGGAUGCUGCAGACGCUGAACGAGGUGCCCGCGACACCAGAGCCAGAAGCAGAACCGCCCAGAGCCCCUGAGCGCAAGCAGGGACUUUAUGAGCUGUCAGCGAGCAACUUUGAGCUGCACGUGUCGCAAGGCGACCACUUUAUCAAGUUCUUCGCUCCGUGGUGUGGUCACUGCAAAGCUCUGGCUCCAACCUGGGAGCAGCUGGCCCUGGGCCUUGAACAUUCUGAAACUGUCAAGAUUGGCAAGGUUGAUUGUACACAGCACUAUGAACUCUGUUCGGGAAACCAAGUUCGUGGCUAUCCUACUCUUCUGUGGUUCCGAGAUGGACAAAAGAUUGACCAGUACAAGGGAAAGCGGGAUUUGGAGUCCCUGCGGGAGUACGUGGAUUCCCAGCUGCAGAGCACAGAGCCGGAGGCCCCAGAGAGCGUCCAGCCUUCAGAGGCCCCGGCGCCGGCCCCUGAGCCUGUGGCCCAGGGCACUGUGUUGGCACUCACGGAAAAGAACUUCGAGGACACCAUUGCAGAAGGAAUAACCUUCGUUAAGUUUUAUGCUCCGUGGUGUGGGCACUGUAAGAAUCUGGCCCCGACGUGGGAGGAGCUGUCCAGGAAGGAAUUCCCUGGUCUGGCAGAGGUCAAGAUCGCCGAGGUGGACUGCACUGCCGAGCGGAACAUUUGCAGCAAGCACUCGGUUCAGAAAGGGGGAAGCCACCAGAAGACCAACCAAGAUGGCCCCGAGAAGUACACAGCUUUUACCUGCACCGACGGUUCUGUCUGUGAGCCUCCUGCAAACUGGACUCUCUCAACACUCAACAGAGAGAACUUUCUCUGCAAGAAUAGCUAUUUCUUUUGGAGCUAGACACUGGCGUUUUUGUUGUUAAGUAGAGAUUGGGGCCAGAGAGAAGAGAGGGAGGGAUUCAACUCUCCUGUGUUUCCUCCUACACUUUCAAGCCGCACUUAGGUUUCCUCCGGAGUCCACGUUACGUGUGGCACAGAGCGUGUAAAUAUUUGUGAAGGUCAGUGCUUCUGAAAAUACCUGUGUGCGCCCCUCAGGGGCCAGUGUCCUGGGCGCAACAGUGGAAUGCCACUGCCCUGCACGGUUUUGUUUGUGCUUGUUUUAAGGACUGACAGACUGCAGAAAAACAUUCUCCCACCCCGGC